GAAUGGUGCUGCGAUGGGAACUGGGAUCUGAUGCUGGGAAGGAAACUGAGGCUCGUACCGGUACUGGCCCUGGUGGUGUUACUACUGGGUCCGGUACCGUGACUGGCACUCAUACUGGCGCGAGGCGUUGUUGUGCUCAAACGACCGCGUGAUCAGCGACGGUAUUUCCGCUUGGUGUCGGUGGGAGAGGAGCGCCGGAGCUCGGGUUCCAGCGCAACGCAGCGCCUGUCCUCUCUCUACUCGAUCGCGGUAGAAGCGCGAAGCUACGUGCAGUGACUCCCGGCUCGGAGACUCGGCGGGACCAUGAUGAUGACGGAGCUCCACACAACCGUCCGUAUAUCGGGAAUCGUGCUCGGAUCGCUGAUGUUUCAGCACUUCAACAGUGACUCGGACGCGGAAGGCUUCAUUCUUGGGGAAAGUGAAGCGGAGGAAAGGAGCAACAUCACGGACUCCCAGCUGAACCAAGUUCAGUACGAGCACACGAUCCACGUUCAGAAACAUAUUUCCUGUCAAAGGCUCAGCAGUUUUUAUACUGGUACCGGAGAGGUGAAACGGGACGAAAUUAAAAGCAUUCUGGCAGGUGAUAAAGAGGAGAAUGUGCUUGGAUGGUACAGGCAGCGAAGGAACACAGAGCAGCGUAUGACCUUCAGGGAGCAGGUGGUGCAUCGGAACUUGAGGAAGGCACUGUCUAAUCAUGAGCUCAUCUUCCUCCUUUUAACACCUACCGAGGCCUCAUCAACUGGCUCUACCCACCGCCUGGAGUACUCUGUCUUCAGGUCACAUGGAAGCCAGUACCACAACAUUCCAGUGGUGGUGAGCAACCUUGGAAUGCUGGAGCAGCAGGACUACUGGAGGGGUUCCAUCUCAUGCUCCUCCUACAGCUAUAACCAAGCAGUAAGGAACCACAGAUCUAAGUUCUUCACACCUGAUGGAUCCCUGAAGGAGGUCGGUGAAGUCAAUGCCAUGAACGACACACUGCAGGCAGAGCUAAAGGCAGCCUGUGAAGCUGUGGAGAAGAGCGAGCGCUUGCUAGAGCUGCUCUUGGCCGAGGUCUCCACCCUCAGGAAAUCCAUUGCUGAAAAGUCAAAUUGCAACAAGACAGAAAAGGACCUGCACGCCAUCUCAGACACACCUCAGGAAAAUGUGUUACUCUGCGCAGCCUUGAGGGCACUCUUCCCAGAAUCUCCUCUGCUACGAACGCAGGCACUGACCCUCCAAGGCGCUCCACUGCCGGAGUACAGCUGCAGCACUGACCACGAUAUUGAUAUCUCCACUGCGCUGCCUCUCAUCCUGGCCCACCAGGAUGCCACAGACAGGACAUGGGGUCCUGGUAGAAAGGGCUGGAACCGGGGUAAACGGCGACUACCAGAAGCAUCGCACUCCAUUCAAAGGAAAAGGAGGGAUGUUAUGGAAAUAGACAGUGAAGAGGCCUUCACAGUGAGUGGAUCAGAGACUGAUGAAGAGCUACUGGACUCUCAGAAUGUUAAUUUGAAGAGGGCCACUUCUCCUGUCUUCUAGCAAAACAGUGUAAAAUUAACUUUUUUGCAAAUAAUUGAUGGCAUACCAAAAUUACUAUGAUUGGUAGAGAGGUUGUACUUUUUUAAAAAAACUAUAGCUUGGAUAUAAUGUUAAGAUCCCCACUCAGCAAAACUUUCCUUGUAAUUGAAGAUUUGUCUCUGGAAAUGCGAUGCGUGUAGUAAAUGACAGCGGUUGUUAGGGAUUACCUCAAGUGCCUCCUUUACAAAUAGUCUUAGGGAUUACCUGCACUUGCUCUGUAAACUUUUCUUUACCUCAGCGAAUAACCACGGUGUAUAUAAUUCCAGUUAAAUCUGAAGUUUUAAUUAUUUAU